GUUUGCAUAUCGCAUUUGGCCCGGGGCAGUGGAGCCCCAGAGAGAUUGUCUGAGGAAAACUACAUGGAGGUGUCCAUCCAGCAGCCUGUCCUGCGUAAUGAGAAGAAGGGAGCUGCUGAGGCAGACAUGGCUGUGAUGUUCCACAGACAGGACCACCUGCCAGAGGAAGCAAGAGUAUUGUCCCUGAUUGAAGCUGCUGCUCUGGGCUACCACAUCUCAGUGCGUGGCUUUCACCUCACCCUCCGCUGUCCCUACUCCUCCCCUCUCUCAUACUUUGUCAAGGAGAAGGGCGUUGAUUUAGAGAUUGUCAAAACAAUCGUCCUGUACCGAAUUCAGAGCAACGUCCUCACUGUUGACACCACUGUUGCCUGUGCUUUGAAUGAGGCUACAGCAGAUGGGUCUGACCUGCUCUGGACUGUCCCUUAUAUUCUGUCUCCGUUAGUCUAUGGUCAAUUCAUAGAUAGAGGCAUGAGGAUGGAAGUGAAAGGCCAGGCUCUGAGUGACUCUGAAAAUAAAGAGAGGGGAUACAAGAUUGGCCUGCAGGGGGGUAGAAUGGAGGUCAGGAUUCCUCUUGGAGCCCAUGGUGGAAACAUUAAGAGUGGUGUUGUGAGGGGACGGUACAGCCAGUCCAUGUCUGUGGAUUUUUUCUUCAUGAGUCAGUGGGAGGAUAAGCGCUGGCCGCUAACACAGCAUCGCACCUCCAGGCUCCUUAACACUCCUUUCAUCCCACAAAUCCCAGUCUUUACCAACAACACAGUCCUUUCUGAGGGAUUGUUUUCUGUUACCUUUGGUGUCUUUGCGCCUGAUGUUUCCUUGCAGAAGGUGACAGUAGAUGGGGGUGGUGACCUUUUAACCUGGACCCAGGGCGACACAGACAGCCUCAAAGUAUCCAGGCUCCCCCUACCUAAUGGGAGCCACUCCUACCAGCUUGGUUUCCCAUUGUCACACCCCAAAAUAAUCCUAAAGCAUAUAGGUGGUGGCAACGAGACGUACAGCUUCUCUUUAACCUUUACUCUUAACAUCGAACCCAGCGGAGAAGUGUUUUACCAUCACGUCACUUUAGAGCAGAGGGUUGAAUACACAGCUCCGGGUUCCCUGAAGCUGGAGGGGAAGUGCACAGAGAAGAGCCUGCUGGUGCUGCUGCACCACGGGGCUAAGCCCGAUCUGCAGUGGGAGCUCUUCCUCGGAGCUCGCAAACUAGACUGGGACCUGGUGGAGAUCGGUGGGUUCGUGGUGGAGGCGGAGGAGGACUACUUGACUGUAGAGAUCCCCCUCUACAGCUCUGGAAUGAACUAUUUGGAACUGACAUUGUGGGGUCUUGUGUCUAGUGUGGACGUGUCUGUUAUGGAUGCAGAGUCUCUGAGAGUGGAGGACAGUCUUGUCCAUAAAUGCACCUUUCCUGUUGGCGAACUCCUAGUAUGUCUGCCAGAAGGGAGGAUGGUGGCGGUAGUCGACACCACCCGCACCAUACCGCCCACUCACCCCAACCGGACCACCCUAUUGGACCCCAGUUGUGUUCCCAUAGAGACGGACAGUGCCAGAGCAAUGUUCAGCUUCAGCUUGGACUCCUGUGGAACAACUGUAAUCACCAAGGGAAAUUUCCUUGUUUAUAAAAAUCAGAUCAGUUACCCUCAAGAUUUACUGCCUUUGGAUGAGCCUCUCAUACACAGAGAUUCUCCAUACAGGCUGACAAUUCAGUGUCGCUACCCAGCAAACGACAGUCGUACUCUCGCUAUCCAACAGCCUUUGAACUCCUCUCUGAACCUUUCACCCGUGCCAGUCAAACGCACCAGAAGGGAAGCUGCAAACACAGUGUGA